UGGCAUUGUGUGGAAAGCAAUUGAUCGCAGGACAGGAGAAACAGUUGCUGUUAAAAAGAUUUUUGAUGCUUUCAGGAACAGAACAGAUGCUCAGAGAACUUUUCGAGAGAUUAUGUUCCUGCAGGAGUUUGGAGAACAUCCAAAUAUCAUCAAGCUGCUUGAUGUUAUCCGAGCUCAGAAUGACAAGGAUAUCUACCUCAUCUUUGAGUCCAUGGAGACAGAUUUACACGCAGUGAUUAAGAAGGGGAAUUUGUUGAAAGAUAUCCACAAAUGUUACAUUCUCUACCAACUCUUGAAGGCCACUAAAUUCAUCCACUCAGGAAAUGUUAUUCACAGGGAUCAGAAGCCUUCAAAUAUCCUGCUGGAUGCAGACUGCUUCGUUAAACUUUGUGAUUUUGGGCUGGCCCGUUCUCUGUGCCAGAUGAACGAGGACCAAGGCAACCCAGCACUGACAGAAUAUGUGGCAACACGCUGGUACCGAGCCCCUGAGAUCUUACUUUCCUCUCAGAGCUAUACUAAAGGGGUGGACAUGUGGAGCAUUGGCUGUAUUCUGGGGGAGCUGCUACUUGGGAAGCCUCUUUUUCCUGGAACAUCAACUGUGAAUCAAAUAGAGCAGAUCUUGAGAGUCAUUCCUGCCCCAUCUGCAGAAGAUAUUUUGGCUAUGCAGUCAGAUUACAGGGCCUCAGUUAUCAACCGCAUGAGCUCCCGGCAGCGAGUAACAUUUGAGGAGAUUUUGCCAUCCUCUACUCCACUACAUGCCUUGGAUCUUCUGAAAAAACUCUUGGUAUUUAACCCCGAUAAAAGGCUGACAGCAGAGGAGGCACUGCAGCAUCCUUAUGUGAAAAGGUUUCACUGUCCUGCCAGGGAGCCCUCUCUGGGUUAUGAUGUGAUUCUUCCUUUAGAUGAUGAUAUCCAGCUCUCUGUAGCAGAGUAUCGAAAUAAAUUAUAUGAGAUGAUCCUUGAAAAGAAGGUAAAUAGCCAUCUAAAGGAGCUAGUACCAAAAGAAAACGUUCAGCAAAGUCAAUCUCUAUCGAGGCCACUUCUUCCCCGUUCCAGUUCUGUGACUUUACCUACCAGGAAAGAUCAGAGAGAACCAAGAUCUCCUCUUCUAAAAAAUUCACAUAUGCAUGCUGGAACUACAACUAGCAUCCAGCCAGAAGUAUCCAACCAGAGUGAAGAUUUAGCAAGAACUUUUUGUCAGAGAUCAAAGAUCAAUGUGAUAUACAAUCCCAUAACACACACUGCUGUUCAAAGUAAUGGAAAUUCUGGUGCUGUGGUCAGGAAGCAUUCACCUUCUCAGCAGGAGAGAACCUCCAACAAUCAGAAACUGGGUAGACAAAUCACAUGGACACAUGCAAAUGCUCGACCACCUCCUAUUAUACAGAAUCUUUAUAAUAAUCCAAGAAAUGCUCAGUUUCACAGCAAAGAUAUUCGUCCCCUUCUGAAGUCCAGUAAAAAGAUGUUCCAGAUUACUGCAAAUAUGGGAGCUGCUGGUGACCCGAAAGCAUCAAUGGGCAGUUACUCUCAGGCCUAUGGAACCAUAUGUAAAUCUGCAUUGCAAAGUCUUCCUAUAUCAAAUUCCUCGCAGCAGCCUGAAUAGUGAAUCUGUAAAAGCUCUAACCAAGUGAAGUACAGCUCGUCUCAUCAGUCCCCUAGCUCUGCUGGUAACAGCAAAUAAAAGUAAAAUAUAAGAGGCAUUUGACAGUUACCCCAGCUGAAGAGAUUUUUAUUUACUUCACUUUAUUCAUCGCAUGGAACAGUGUAUCACUUUCCUCUGAGCGAAGCAACAGAGAAGACAGUCUGAUCCCUUCGCCUCCCAGUCUUCCCAGACAUGGGCACAGCACUGUUUGCUAACACCCCAUGGGAACAGUGAAUACUCUCAGUUCGUAUUCCUCAUUUGUAUUAUUGCAAAAAAUUAUAGCUGCAAUAUUCUGAUGUUUGACUGUCUUUAGACAUAUUCAGACUUCUUUACAAGCUUAAGGUACACUGCCUGAAUCUUUUUUUUUUUUUUUUUUUUUUUUGAGCAGAAAAGGUAACUGAUAAACUGUUCUCUGAAGACCAGAAAGGCUAAACUCUUCACAGAUAAUCUUAAAGCUCUUCACUUUAUUUUCCACUAACUUCUGUAUGACUCUUUUGGGGUAAAUUAAUAGAAUUGAUGGGGGCUUAUCUUCAUUAAAAUCAAGUAAAAAAAGCAUUGUAAGUAAUGGGUGGGUUCUACUACACUAUUUAACACUUUACCUACCAUGUAUGAAUGUAUUUUUUAAGUAUUGUAAUAAUAAACUCUAUAUUGCA